UGCACUGGUAUAUAUUUGCUCGACAGACGCUCGAAAAAAUGAGAUCGAGUUUUUAUUGGGCGAACACUUUUUGGACGAUAGCAAUCUCAAUCUGCUUGUAUGUCAAAGGUUGCUGGGAAUUCCCAGUCACUAAAAAUAGACCGAGAGACUGAAUACAUAUCUGUCAUGUAUGUAGCACCACUUAUGAACAGUGAACCAUUAUAUUGCAAUACAUGUUUACUGAUUCCUAAAAUCGUCAUUUUCCUUUGGCUGAAUUAGGUGGGUCUCAGUCUAGAUAUCUUUGAGGUGAUAAAUGGAGAGCGAUUGAGCUAAGGCCAAGACAAACCAAGGAUAACUUCUCACUGUUCGUUUGUCCGGUGGAAAACGCAUAUUUUGAAUUCGAAUCAUGGCUGAUACAUUAAAGAAUGUAAUUGCUCAGAGUCUGGAGUGUCCUGUAUGUCUGAAUACCUUCACCGAUCCCAAGAUCCUGUCUUGUUCUCAUACCUACUGCAAGGCCUGUCUGGACAACCUCUUGGGAUGCAAUGGUAACGACCAGAUGCUUCGAUGCCCUGUUUGCAGAGCUGAAACCCAGGUCCCAAACCAAGAAGUCAGCAAAUUACCGGCAAAUCUGGCUUUGAAGUCUCUCAUAGAGGACAUGAAGAAUCAAUAUCAGUUUUGCUCGAAUUGUAAAUCCGAGGACAGGCCCGAAGCUGUUGUCUACUGUCAAGACUGUGGCAGAUAUUUCUGUAUCACUUGCCACAAAACACACUCUCAGUGGCCAGUAUUCAUCAGCCAUGAGGUUUUAGCAAUGAGUGAGAUCGUAUCAGGAAAGGUGUCUGUACGUAGAUACCGUAAAUGCAGAAAACACCCCAAAGAGGAUGAGGAGUGCUUCUGUUCCGACUGCAGGAGAUUUGCCUGCUUCAGGUGUGUGGUCAUGGAGCAUACAAAUGAAGGACAUCGGGUCAUCGAGGCAGCUGUUUAUGAAAGCAGCCAUGUGAAGAGUAUCGAGGACCUCAAAUCCAAGGCGGACAAGAAACGCUCUUGCUUUCAGAAGUACGUUGAUUUCAUUGAUGAACAGAAGGACCGUGUGAGCAAUGUUCAGAAGCAGUGUACAGAUGAUAUCAACAAAGCAUAUGAAGACUCAGUCCGGCAGUUGACAAAGGAAAAAGAAAUACUCAUUGGUGAAGUCAACGGUAUGACCGAAGGAGUAGAGAAAGAGCUAGACGAAAUGAAAAAAUCGGCCCAGGAGCACAUCACUUACUUGACCACCAUAGCUGACGUUGUAACCAAUAAGACAAAGAUACCGUUAGAUAUGGAUGCUUUGGCUGCACACGACACUCUAUGUCAAGACUUACAAGAGGCCUUGAAACAAGAAGAUCCUGACUACAAGCAGUCGAUUCAAUCGAGCAAGAAAGGAAAAAGUGUCAGUUUCAAGAGGAACGUUGGAAUGGACGAGCUAGGUCUUGGUAAGAUCGUAAAUGCAGUUGCAAAGAACAUCGCUUUGCCAACGAAGGAUAGCAUGAAUGACAUGGUUGGUACACCAGACGGUAGGAUGGCAGUGGGGUGUGGUACAGGUGGCGUGGAGAUCUUCUGUGCUGAUGGUCAGCACCAGCAAACAGUUCUCAAGGAUGCUAAGAUCGUUGGAUUAGGGUUCCUCUCGGAUGAUCGGUAUGUUGUACUUAAUCGCUCAAACAAUAUCACACUGUACACACCAGAGUACACAAAGUUGAAUGUAAUGUUUGAGACUCUGAGUCACGAUGAAGGUGAAUUGUCUAGCCUCGCUGUAGACGAUGAUGACCAGAUCUACGUAAUUAGCUACAGUGUAGCUGAAAAGAUCCAGGUAUUCUCACCAGCAGGUGGGAAGGCGAUCAGGGAGAUACCAUGUGAUGGUUAUAUACCUGUGCAGUUUACUAAUUAUAAUGAUUACCUGAUCACUGAAUCUUUUGAUACAAUACGAUUGAUUGACAAGCAAGGUGUUGUAAAAUAUCAAUUAACAAAAUCAGGGGUUUACCUAACCGCUGCUGUGUCUCAAGGGAAUACAAUCCUGAUAGCCACCGUGAAGGACGACGAAAGUUUGGUCAGUAUUGAUGAGUACACUAACGAGCUGAAGCAUGUCCAGAACCUCGUCACUGAUUACAAAGUCGAGACGAAUGAGAGAGGGUUGUGGUACACUCUCCAACAGUACCGAUCAGGAGAGAUCGCUUUCUGCACUCCUGAUAGACUAUAUAUAUUCUACUGAAAUUAAUGGAUGACUCAUCUUUACUUGCACUGUAUGAUAUCACUGUCUUCAGGCCCAUAGAGGAGAAGGGGGUGCGAUGUGAGCGACCGGAUAUUUAAAGGUAAAACCGGGCAUAAUAAAAAAAAAUAAAGUACCAUAAUAUUUCGUUGAAAACGGAUCUAUGCCCGCCCCCUUUUUGCUCAGUAGCUUCCAAUAGGCCUUUUGUUUCUGUGACUUCAUGAAGUGUAAAUAACAUCUAGUGGAAUCAUUUAUAUUUGUUACUAGGUGAAUUGUAGUUUUCGUGACUGUUUUCAGAAAAGACAUUCCUAGAUCAUGUAGAUUUGAAUUUGAAUGAUUGAAAAAAUAAUGAAUGUAAAAAAGUAACCUUUCUUUUAAUAUACUUCUGACGUGUUUGUCUUUCAAAAUUGUGUUGUUAAUGACGACUGACGACUCUACAUUGUUUUAAUUAGGGGGGGGGAGGUAGCUGUUGUAAAUGAUGUAAACAUAAUUCAAUUAUGGACUAUACAAUCAGAGAUAAAAAUCCUAGGAAUGGACUCUAUAUUCAUUGCCAUUUAAAACAAUUAAUUUUCUUUUCUUCAUCUUCUACCCAGAAUUAUGAGAAGAAUUGCCCCUUUUUCAAAAUAAUUUCUACUUCUUACAGUUUCUCGAGUUGUACGAUUGAAAGAGUUUAAGAGUACUGAGAGUCGACCUAUUGAUAGUGUGAUACAAAUGUUGUAAAGUUGAUGUCAAUUGUCAAACCAAAUGUCAGAAUAAGGGUUUAUGUUUUGACGUAAUGGGUUGUGAUAUCUUGUUUUCUGUUUUCCAUGUUUACAUAAUGUAAACCGUCUGGCAAAGUACAUGCAUGGUAGAAAUGAUUUGGAACUUGUCGUCAAUACCCGAUUCAUUUAUUCACUUUUUGGAGAUAUUUUAUUUUGUCUU